AUGCCGAUUCGUGGAUGCAACGAAUGCUCGGAGCGAGCAACAUGGAUAUGUUGGUUAGAUGAGGAUCUCGUAUUGUGCGAGAAAUGUUAUGCAAAACUCGUAAAUCCAGAAUUUAUGGAACCACGGCGACCUUUCAUCUACGAUACAGGACCACCGCUGAGCAGUAGUAUAGAAGAAAGCGUAAGAUUUCUGGAACAUGCCUACGAGUGUCAAAGCCCGGAAUGCGAUAACCGCGCAUGCCGGCGUAUUAAACAAAUCCUCGAGCAUCGAGGAGGAUGUCAAUCACCUGAUUCAUGCAGCAUUUGUGAGGGUUUGCACGAAUACUGUCGACAUCAUGUCAAUUUUUGCAAUCGGAGCAACUGUAAGAUAUUAUUUUGUGAAGAAUUGCGGAAAAUCGCUAAUCCGCCAAAGGUGGAUCGAGAAUCACGAAUCAAGACUUAUUUUCCUGGAUGGCCAUGUCAACGGUCCGCAAGGCCAGCCAGUAUUCGCAUAAAUACACGGGUUAUAUCUUCAUUGAGCAGUCCUCGUCUGCAGGGAUUAGAUCAACCUUCCGAAUAUCCUUCAUCAUCUAUGAAGAACUGA